AUGGAUAGGGAGAAAUAUUUGGAACUAAAAGAAGAAAUACAUAGAAAAUGGGAACAGGUAAAAGCACAAGACACCACAGACACAGAGGCUCUACCAAAAGUCAGUAUGGAUAAGAACCUGAAGGAGUUGAUUAAAAUUGGCAAUAAUACUGCAAAACCAGGAAAACGAACCUGCGCACAUCAUGGAUUAGCUAAAAAAAGUGUACCUCACUCAUGGAAAUUGAAAGUGAUGGAAGUAUACAAAGUAUCUCCGACUCUCAUCAAGUUUAUGAAACACAGCAUGAAUACAUGGGAAACUAUGUUGACGCUGAACCAUUCCAAUAGAUCAAUAACAAGCAGACCAAUCAAAAUCAAAAGUGAUAUCUUCCAAGGGGACUCGCUGCCACCCUAA